GGCUCGCCCGGCUGCCUGCCCGGCCCCGGAGACUCGCCCCCGCCGGGCCGGGGUGCCCAGGGCGGCCGCGAUGGCCUGAGCGCCCGGGGCGGCGCCGCGGCGGGGGUGCGCGAUGGGGAACCAGGAUGGGAAGCUCAAGCGCAGCGCCGGGGAUGCGGCGCACGAAGGCGGCGGCGGCGGCGCGGAGGAGGCUGCGGGGCCCAGGGACGCGGAGGCCGCCAAGAAGGGCAGCGGCGGCAAGAAGGCCGCGGGCAGGCACGGCAGGGGCGGCGGCGGCGAGCCCGGCAAGAGGAAGAGCAAGUCGGACUCCCGGGGCUCCGUGUUCUCCAACCUCAGGAUCCGGAAGACCCUGUCCAAGGGGAAGGGCGCCGGCGGCUCCCGCGAGGAUGCUCUGGACGCCCAGGCCCCUCCGGGCGCGGAGCUGGACAGCGCUCCCUCCGUCGCCGCCAAGACGCCCGAUCUCAGCCUCUCGGCGGACGACACGGGCCUGUCGGACACCGAGGGCGCCGACCCCUUCGAGGCGACCCGUGCCGGGAGCCCCGAGCGGGCGGGGGCCGGGGCCGGGGCCCGGGAGGCGGCGGAGGAGGCGGACGCGGCGGCCGGCGCGCACGAUGGACAAAGGACCAGCUCGGGCUCGGACACGGACAUCUACAGCUUCCACUCGGCCGCGGAGCAGGAGGACCUGCUGUCCGACAUCCAGCAGGCCAUCCGCCUGCAGCAGCUCCAGGCCGGGCAGGGCUCGGCCGGCCCCCCCGCCGCCUCCCCGGAGCCCGGGGCCUUCCUGGGCCUGGACCGGUUCCUGCUGGGCCCGGGCGGCGGGGCUGGCGGGAUCCCGGGCGGCCCCGAUGCGGAGCCGGCGGCGUGUGCGCUCUCGGACCUGCCCGCGCGCGCGCCCCCCGCGCCCCCCGCGCCCCCCGCGCCCCCCAGCGGCCGCCGGGACUCGGAGGCGCCCGGCCUGCGGGUGGGGGCUCCGGCCUCGGACUCGCCCGCGCCCACCGCCUUCCCGUUUCCCGAGGCCGCAGCCCCCGCGCCCGGGGCCGGGGACACGGACGAGGAAGGCGAGGAGGAUGCGUUCGAGGACGCCUCCCGCGGCUCCCCGGGCGAGGCGUGGGGCCCGGCGGCGGGAGAGGCCCCGCGGGGGCCGGGGGCAGGGCUGGGGGAGGGGGCGCCCGGGCCCGGCGCCCCCGCGGCCGCCCCCCCGCCCGGCAGCCCGGCGCCCGGGCCGCGCUCCUGCAAGCCCUACCCGCCCGUCACCCCCUCCUACGUGCGGACCACCACGCGGCAGCUCAGCUCGCCCAGCCACUCGCCGUCCGAGUCGCCCAGCCAGAGCCCCCGGGCCCCGAGGCGGCGGGAGGCCUCCCCGAGCCGCGGGCCCCGAGCCGCCGGCGCCCCCGCCGCCGCCCCGGCCGGGACGCAUCGCACCGACGGCGGCCUCUCCGGGGGCCUGAGCCGCUCCGCCGACGGGACGGAGGAGCCGGACGCCCGCGCGCCCCCAUCCCGGGCGGGGGGCCCGGCGCACCUGCUGGAGCGCGCGGCGGGGUCCGGGGCGCAGGCGGCCGCCGACGGCUUCCAGAACGUGUUCACGGGGCGGACGCUGUUGGAGAAGCUGUUCAGCCAGCAGGAGAACGGGCCCCCCGAAGAGGCAGAGAAGUUCUGCUCCCGCAUCAUCGCCAUGGGCCUCCUCCUGCCUUUCAGCGACUGCUUCCGGGAGCCGUGUCACCAGAACGCCCCGUCGAGCUCAGCUCCGUUUGAUCAAGAUCAGCUUUACACCUGGGCUGCCGUUAGCCAGCCCACACACUCCCUGGACUACACGGAAGGGCGGUUUCCCAGGCGAGCCCCGUCUGCGUGGUCACCCCCCGACGCCCCCGAUGAAGCGCCCGGGGCCCAGGACGCCGAGCCAGAAUCGCGGCCUCCUGUUUUGGAAACUCUGAAAAAUUGCUCAGAUGCUGUUCCGCAGGAAGUUGCAGACAUUGGAUCUGAGGGACAGGCCACUGUGAUUCAGCAGCUGGAGCAGACCAUUGAGAAUCUGAGGACCAAAAUAGCUGAACUGGAGAAGCAGUGCCCUGUCAUGGACGCAGAGGUGGCCGGCGGCCGCCUUGGGGUUCAGAACGGAGAGGCUCCCUCGGACGAUGUCUGUCUUGCAGCUCUCAGGUUAGGAGAAGAGCCUGGCCGGCACCAGAGGAUUUUACAGGCCAAGUCCAUCCAGACGUCCCCGACCGAGGAGGGCGGGCCACCCACGCGGCCUCCUGCCACGACACUGCCAGAGGGCCCCUCACCGUCCGGACCUCAGACAAAAUUCUGCUCAGAGAUUUCCCUGCUGGUGUCUCCCAGGCAAAUAGUGCAGCUGGAUGCCCAUCAGCCGGUGCAGCCUCCACCGCCUCCACCCCUGCCCUGGGCUGAGGGUCAAGGCCAGGCCAGGCCACAGUCUUCCCAGCCUUCCCUUCAGACUGAGUUGGACACCAGCCAUGAGCAGUCUGUGGCAUCGCCCUCUGGACACAGCCUCAGCAUCCCGCCCCCACCACCUCUGCCUUGCACAGCGUCUUCUGGCUCCACCUUUGGUGUGGGCACGGGGGCUCCCUCCCCUCCCCCACCCAGUACACCUCCUUCUAUGCCUAGUACGCAAAUGCUGCCGCCCCCUCCCCCACCUUUGCCUGGUGAAGAAAUACCUCCUCCCCCUCCUCUUCCUGGAGUGGGAAUACCCCCUCCCCCUCCUCUUCCUGGAGUGGGAAUACCCCCUCCCCCUCCUCUUCCUGGGGUGGGGAUACCCCCUCCCCCUCCUCUUCCUGGGGUGGGGAUACCCCCUCCCCCUCCUCUUCCUGGGGUGGGGAUACCCCCUCCCCCACCUCUUCCUGGGGUGGGGAUACCCCCACCCCCACCUCUUCCUGGGGUGGGAAUACCCCCUCCCCCUCCUCUUCCUGGGGUGGGAAUACCCCCUCCCCCACCUCUUCCUGGGGUGGGAAUACCCCCUCCCCCACCUCUUCCUGGGGUGGGGAUACCCCCUCCCCCACCUCUUCCUGGGGUGGGGAUACCCCCUCCCCCACCUCUUCCUGGGGUGGGGAUACCCCCUCCCCCACCUCUUCCUGGGAUGGGGAUACCCCCUCCCCCACCUCUUCCUGGGGUGGGAAUACCUCCUCCCCCUCCUCUUCCUGGGGUGGGAAUACCUCCUCCUCCUCCUCUUCCUGGACUUGGGGUUCCCCCACCUCCUCCUUUGCCAGGUGUGGGUAUCCCACCUGCUCCAGCUCCCCCUCCCGGUCCUGGAACUGGCAUCCCCGCAGCCCCACCGCCACCUGCUCUGCUCCCUGGCCCCGGCCCCCCACAAGCCGGGGGCAGCACUUUACCAGCACCACACGCGUGCGGAUUUCUCCCCCCGCCGCUGCCCACCGGCUGGUUUGGAUUGGGGAUGAGCCAGGACAGAGGGAGCAGGAAGCAGCCCAUAGAGCCCUGCCGGCCCAUGAAGCCUCUGUACUGGACGAGAAUCCAGCUGCACAGUAGAAGAGACUCUGGUGCUUCGCUGAUCUGGGAAAAAAUCGAAGAGCCGUCCAUAGAUUGCCACGAGUUCGAGGAGCUGUUUUCCAAAACCGCAGUGAAGGAGAGGAAGAAGCCGAUUUCUGACACCAUCUCGAAGACCAAGGCCAAGCAGGUUGUCAAGUUAUUAAGCAACAAAAGAUCGCAAGCGGUUGGAAUAUUAAUGUCUAGCCUUCACUUGGAUAUGAAAGACAUACAACAUGCUGUUGUGAACUUGGACAAUUCUGUGGUUGACCUGGAGACUCUUCAAGCACUUUAUGAGAAUAGAGCACAGUCGGAUGAACUGGAAAAAAUUGAAAAGCAUGGCCGGUCCUCCAAAGACAAGGAAAGUGCCAAGUCCCUGGACAAGCCCGAACAGUUCUUGUAUGAGCUGUCACUAAUCCCCAACUUUUCCGAGCGGGUCUUUUGCAUCCUGUUCCAGUCCACGUUUUCGGAAAGCAUUUGCUCGAUCCGUCGCAAACUUGAAUUGCUGCAGAAGUUGUGUGAGACUUUGAAAAAUGGCCCCGGGGUGAUGCAGGUGCUGGGUUUGGUCCUGGCCUUCGGCAACUACAUGAAUGGCGGGAACAAGACUCGGGGACAGGCCGAUGGGUUUGGGUUAGACAUUCUUCCGAAGCUGAAAGACGUCAAAAGCAGUGACAACAGCAGAAGCCUUUUGUCAUAUAUCGUUUCCUAUUAUCUUCGAAAUUUUGAUGAGGACGCCGGGAAAGAGCAGUGUGUUUUUCCGCUACCCGAGCCCCAGGACCUGUUUCAGGCUGCGCAGAUGAAGUUUGAAGAUUUUCAAAAAGAUCUCAGAAAACUAAAGAAGGACCUCAAAGCCUGCGAGGUGGAGGCGGGGAAAGUGUACCAGGUGUCCCCCGAGGAGCAUGUCCAGCCCUUCAAGGAGAACAUGGAGCGGUUCAUCAUCCAAGCUAAAAUUGACCAAGAGGCAGAGGAGAAUUCACUAACAGAGACUCAUAAAUGGUUUUUAGAGACCACAGCCUAUUUCUUCAUGAAACCAAAACUUGGAGAGAAGGAGGUGUCCCUGAAUGUCUUUUUCAGUAUCUGGCAUGAAUUCAGCUCUGACUUUAAAGACUUUUGGAAGAAGGAGAACAAACUUAUUCUACAAGAGAGAGUAAAAGAAGCUGAAGAGGUGUGUAGGCAGAAAAAGGGAAAAUCACUUUAUAAAAUAAAGCCAAGACACGACUCCGGGAUUAAAGCAAAGAUCAGCAUGAAAACCUGAACAAAGGAAAACAGGAUGGUCACCCUCUGGCCACUUACACAACAUUCCGCCGACCCGAAGGCCCGAAGGGAACGGCAUCAUUCCGAUCAUUUUCUUCUUGACCCCUUGCCUCCUCUCCGUGUUCUCUAGACAGCUGACUGAUGGUUGAGUUUCACUGUACGUUCCUUUGAACAUGCAAAAGCAGCAGGCCCGUGGAGAAUGGGACACCUUCCCUUUUUGUAAAAGCUUAUGGUGUUACACGGAUAGACCGAGACAGCAUGUUAGAGGAGGCAGAAUCUGCAUUAAUUCUGAACAUGCUACACAUUAACCUAAAAUUUACUUUUCUGAGGAUAUUCCUUCUACAAUAAGACUCCUUUCUACGGACAACCAGUGCUCCACAUGACCGCGUGCGGGUGUAUGGUUGAAAUGUCAUUUCUAGUGAGUUGUAUCAGUUCACAUCUACAUCUGUAUUUUCUAUCCUAAGAGUUAAGUACCGUUGAUCUAUCAUCAUGAAGGCUUUCCCAACUCCUUGAGUUGCUCUCCAUAAAUAUAUAUUUGUGAAAGAAGAUGAUCAUAUUUUUGCUGGUAAGAAAAUGAAAAAAAAAAUAGAGCAGAAGGAAACCCCUUUCUUAUAAAUCAUUUCAUUUAGGCAGAAAUCAGUGUUUUGUUUAUCGAGGGCUUUUAUCAGACCGUCUUUGGAAACCCUACAUAAAGCGAAUCUGUAGCAGAAAGAAAGAAAAUGAAAGGUGUGCCUCUCUAUCACUUUGCCAUGGCCUUUCACAAAGAAAAUAGGAUGCCAUAUUUUGGAGGAAUUUAAAUAAGUGAUGCUCAUAAAAGUAUCAGACGCAACUAAUUGUUGGAUUGGCAUCUGCCUAGAACUUGCUAAUUAAACACACCUGUUGGAGUAUUUUAACAUCGCUGGGACCAUCUGUGUAUGUUAUGGCAGGUGAUUCAAAGCUGUAAAAUGAGUAUGCAAUUAUUCAUCAUUUGAAGGAACCCAGGAAAGAAUUUUAUUUUAUGUUGGAAGGAAAAGAAUAAAUCUAUGACUCUUCUGAGAGUACUUCGAGUCAGCUUAUGAUGCGUUGUGAUGGUUUUGUCUGACAUGAGUAGGUGUGGCUUAUAAAACAUUAUUUCAAUGAUAUUUGUUGGGGGUUAUGGUUGUAGAUAAAGAGGAGAAUUUAUGGCUAUUGCAAACCCAUUGUGGAAAGCAACUUAAAAAGAGAGCGUUCUGACUCGCAACUAAGUUUGUAUUUAUGUAAAGUAUGGUCUCCUACCUUAGUUUGUCGUUUGAGUGCAGAGAAACCGUAGUGGGGUUUUUUGGUUGUAGUUUUGUAGUCUUCCUGUCUCCUUCCCUCCUUCCAAUGUGUAUAUUAAUACUCUUCAAUGAAAAUAUAGGGCAUUUAACAAAGAUCGCUAUGUGCAAUACUGUAUUUAGUGUUUCUAUUUCAAUUUUUUAGGAUGUUAAUUUAUAUGAAAAUAAAAUGAGUAAUCAAAGGUUCGGUGUCCAUUGCG